AUGUGCCGCUUGCUCGUCUUUAAAGGAACCGAGCCGAUCCAGAUCUCGCAUCUCGUCACGAAGCCGGCGCACAGCAUCAUCAACCAAGCCUUCGAUGCGCGGCUACGUCUAGACGCCACGCGGUCCGUCAAUGGCGAUGGCUUUGGUGUCGGCUGGUAUGACGCGGCCAUGGCGCCAGAGUACGAUUACAACACCCACCCGUACGCGCCGUGCAUCUUCACCAGCGUCACGCCCGCGUGGAACAACGCGAAUUUACAUCGGCUCGCGGACAAGAUUCAGAGCCCUCUGAUCUUUGCGCAUGUCAGAGCUUCUACCGCUGGUGCACUAAGCGAGACCAAUUGUCAUCCUUGGCGGUACGGGCGUUUAAUGUGGAUGCACAAUGGCCAGAUCUCGUCCUUCUCACGCGUCAAGCGGCGCCUCCUUGCGGCUUUGCCCGAGGAGCUCUUCCUCUAUCCACAGGGCCACACAGACUCGGAGCUGGCAUUCUGCGUCUUCCUCUCGCACCUGCGUGAUCCACUGCGAUGUGGCACCUUUGCUUGGCGAGAAUUGCGCGAGGCCAUGCUGGCCACUAUCGCGGACUUCAAUGCUUGGGCCAAAGAAGCUGGCGUACAGGAGCCAAGCUUGAUGAAUUUCGUCGUCAGCGAUGGUGAGAGCGUCGUCUGCACGCGCUACGUCUCGAGUCGGACUGAGGAAGCUGCAAGCCUCUACUUUUCUUCCGGUACCUCUUUUUACGAGGAUAAGGAAGAAAGCAGCGCGGAUACCAGCAGCGAUCCUGAUGGCUUGUCCGCUGCGACAACAGAGGUCAAGAACGUCCCCGGCCUACCGCCGCCUCGCGGGCCGGGACGGUACAGGAUGGUCAAGGCCGACAAGCGCGAGAAGAUCAUUGUCGUUGCCUCCGAACCUCUGACAUUCGAGAAAGCUGACUGGAUCCAGAUACCGACCAACACACUUGUCGCCAUCACUCCCAGGAUGAAUGUCCUGCAACAGCCCAUCGAGGAUGAGUUUGCCACUGUCAAAGGGGACCAGGACGGUGCGACAAAGCGCAACACGGAGUUUGCGAUCAAGGCUGGUUAU